AUGCUGGCCACCGGGACGAACAUCAUGCACCCGAGCUUCUCCACCGCCUCCCUGUACGUGGGGGACCUGAACGAGGACGUGACCGAAGCAGUCCUGUACGAGAUUUUCAACACCGUUGGCCAUGUGUCUUCCAUAAGAGUGUGUCGCGACAGCGUAACGAGGAAGUCGCUGGGGUACGCAUAUGUCAAUUACCACAAUUUGGCGGACGCGGAGAGAGCAUUAGAUACGCUGAACUAUACAAAUAUAAAAGGACAGCCAGCUAGACUCAUGUGGAGUCAUAGAGACCCCUCCCUGAGGAAGAGCGGUGCAGGGAAUAUCUUCGUGAAAAAUUUAGACAAAUCGAUAGAUAAUAAGGCCCUAUUUGAUACGUUUAGCAUGUUCGGUAAUAUCCUCUCAUGUAAAGUUGCCACGGACGAAUUUGGGAAAAGCAAAAGCUACGGAUUUGUGCAUUAUGAAGAUGAGGAGAGUGCAAAGGAGGCCAUCGAAAAGGUCAAUGGAAUUCAGUUAGGAUCUAAGAACGUCUACGUUGGUCACUUUAUAAAGAAAUCUGAAAGAGCUACCAACGAUACCAAAUUCACCAAUUUGUAUGUAAAGAAUUUCCCAGACAGUGUUACGGAGGCUCACUUGAAGCAGCUCUUUAGUCCUUUUGGGGAAAUCACCUCCAUGAUUGUGAAGACGGAUAAUAAGAAUAGGAAGUUUUGUUUUAUUAAUUAUGCAGAUUCGGAGAGUGCCAAGAAUGCUAUGGAGAAUCUGAAUGGAAAGAAGAUCACCGACGAUGGGCAGAUCGACCCUACGUACGACGCGAAGAAGGAGGAAGCUGAGGGUGGAAGCGGGGUAAGUAGCGGUACUGGCGCAGGUGCAGCCACUAACGGAGCUUCCGGCAGCGGAAGUGCAGACGCUAACGCCAGUGGAGGGGAAGGCGACAAAGGAGCAGCAGCAGAUGCGAAGGGGGACAGCAAAGCUGCCAAUGCGGGUGAUACAGGCAAAAGCGGAGAAGAAGCGGAGGGGGGGGCAGCCACCUCCACCGCAGCAGCGUCCGAAUCGGCGAAGGGGAAAGAAGGCAACAGUGGCGCAUCUGAUGAUAAGGCCAAUGCAGCGUCAGGGGCCACCUCAACCGAUGCAGCUGCCAACGGGAAGGAAGACGCAGCAGGUAGUGACGCAACAAAUGCGGCCGCGCAAGGGGAAGCCACCACAGGAAGUAGUAAGAAGGAGAGCGGUUCGGAGAACGCAGACAGUCCCAACAUCCUCUAUGUAGGCCCGCAUCAGUCAAGGGCCAGAAGACAUGCCAUUCUGAAGGCCAAAUUUGACAACCUAAAUAUGGAGAGUAAAAACAAACACCAGGGAGUAAAUCUGUAUAUAAAAAAUUUGGAUGAUGCGAUUGACGACCAGACGUUGAAGGAGCUGUUCGAGCCGUAUGGCACAAUAACAUCAGCGAAGGUUAUGAGGGACGACAAGGAGCAGAGCAAAGGGUUCGGCUUCGUCUGCUUCGCUUUACAAGAAGAGGCAAACAGGGCAGUGACUGAGAUGCACUUGAAAAUUAUUAACGGAAAGCCCCUAUACGUUGGCCUAGCAGAAAAGAGAGAGCAAAGACUCUCUCGACUACAGCAGCGCUUCCGCAUGCACCCCAUAAGGCACCACAUGAAUAACGCUUUGAACUCCCCCAUGCAGUACCCAAACCCUCAGUCCCCACAAUUACAGUUCAACCAGAACACUUUAAAUUAUGGCAGACCAGUCAUAACCCCCUUUAACCAAAACAACCUCAUUUCUUGGAGACACCAACAAGCGGCACAACAGCAGGUGGUUCACCAGCAGGCAGCACAACAGCAGCUGAAUUUCAAUGCAAAUUUGAGAGGGCAGAUGAACCAAAUGAGGCUCUACACACAGGGAGGAGGUAACAUGAUGAAUAAUAAUAUGAAUCAAAAUAAGGUAAAUUCGCAACUCCAUCCGGGUCACCAAUACCCAAAUGCAUUAGGACAGGCAAAUCCGCAGCAACCAAAUUUAAACGCACCAGGGCAACACAACAACAACCAACCGAUGCAGCAGCAGCCAGGAAACAAUCAAAUGAUGAAUAACAAUAUGAGGAAUAUGAAUAGCAGAGCGAAUAGAAAUAUGGGAGGAGGAAAUAUGGGGAACAUGCCGAACCAGAAGCAGCUACCCCUCAACAUGGUAGGCAAACAGAACAAUGCGCAGGCCAAUCAGAUGAACCACCAGGGACCACCCCCACCACAGCAGCAGCAGCAGCAGCAACAGCAACAGACACAACAGACGCAACAGAAGUCGGCUCAACAAAUGCAACAACAGGUCCCUCCAAAUGGAAAUUUUAAAUUCACCUCACAAGCAAGAAACCGUAUGGAGAUGCCAAACAAAAAUGCUAAUAAAGUGAACCCAAUUAAUAACAUGAACGUUAAUUUUAAUAACAACUCGACUUUAACCGCUGCUGCGCUCGCGUCCGCGCCUCCCUCCAUGCAGAAGCAAGUUUUGGGUGAGAAUUUAUUCCCCCUGGUUGCGAACUACCACCCGACCUUGGCUGGCAAAAUCACGGGAAUGAUGCUGGAGAUGGACAACUCCGAGCUGCUGAUCCUGCUGGAAAAUGAGGAGCAGCUCAAGAAGAAGAUUGACGAGGCGCUCGUCGUGCUGCAGAAGGCGAAGUAGGUUCAGCGAUGGUGCGGCGGUGCGGCGGUGCGGCGGCGCGAUGGUACGCUCGUACGCUUGCACGCUUGCACGCUUGCACGCUUUACGUCGCUGCGCGGCCGCGUUGCCACCCUGGCAGUUAGUUCGACCCCCGCCGGGAGAAAAGGCCCGUCAGCUGCAGGGAAGCGACUCACGUGGAUGUGUACAUGUACAUAUGUAUGCAUGCAUGUAUGUAUGUACACACCUACGCUUGCAACACCUUCGCGUGCCCCUACAAAUCGUGCGAGAAAUCCCCCUACUCACCGUGUGUGCACACAUUUCACGCUUAUCUCCCCGCACGCAUUUUUGUAUGCAAAGAAGAAAGAAAUUAUGUGAAACGUUGUAAAAAGAAUAAGCUUUUUUUUUUUUUUUUUUUUUGUAUACAAAAAGGCAAGAGUAACAAAAAUUUGAGAGAAUACCACAAACUUGUUUUCCUAAUGCUAAAUG